AUGAAUCAGAAUUGGAAAGCAACCAUAUGGAACCCCACACAACAGGUUGCAGAGGCCACUGAAGGAGAAGGUGGAUCAAGCCAACUUGCUGAAUUCAAAGCCGUUCAACUGGCCCUGGACAUUGUAGAAAGAGAGAAGUGGCCAAAGCUCUACUACUACAAUGAUUCAUGGAUGGUAGCCAAUGCUCUGUGGGGAUGGCUGGAGAGGUGGAAAGAGGCUAACUGGCAGUGUAGAGGAAAACCAAUUUUGGCUGCUGAAGAGUGGAAAGACAUUGCUAUUAGGGUAGGGAGGCUACCUGUGAAGGUCGGCCAUGUAAAUGCCCAUGUCCCCAAGAGUAGAGCUAAUGAGGAGCACAAAAACAAUGAGCAGGUAGACCAAGCUGCAAAGAUAGGGGUGUCCAAAAUAGGCCUAGAUUGGGAGCACAAGGCAGUUAUUCCUAGCUCGAUGAGCCCAUGA